CUCUGUGCCACUUUCCUUCAUUCUUUUGUGAGAGUCGACCAUACUCGUAGGGAGACCCGCUUCCGUCAGCACGAUGGUUGUGAUCGUGCCUUUAGUACUGCUCGGCCUCUGCGCAUGGAGUGCCGCCCAGGAAGAUUUGAGAGAUUCCACAUCUGUCUCACAGGUUUCGACCUGUAAGACUCGCGCGGUCUUGAUCCCGUCUGCUGCCAGCCAAGCCAACACCGCCAGAACACCACUGUUGGCAGCGAACAGUUCCUCGGCUGUCGUUACUGUUGCCCUCGAUGGAACUGGCCGGUAUACCAACAUCAAUUCGGCCAUUCUGUAUGCCCAGACCAAUAAUGUUGCUACGGUUACUGUCAAGGCCGGCACAUACACCGAGACCAUUUCGAUUCAGGCCACUGCUGCCGUCACCAUCGUUGGCGAGACCGCAACUUCCGGCAGCAGCUACUCUGACAACCUCGUCACAAUCACCAACGGCGGUGGAGACUCAUCGCCUGUCACUUUCGUUACAAGCACCUCCAAGGGCGUGGCCUGGAGGAACAUCAACUUUGUCAACUCGAACGCGGCCUCUGCCGCUGGCAUCAUCUCCCUCCGGGGCUCCCGAAAUGCCUUUUAUUUCUGCCAAUUUACUGCCGCCGGGCAAGUGGGUUUUACAGGCAGUCAAGCCUCGGGCAUCAUCGCCAACUCGUACAUCCAAGCCGCCGACAAAGCCAUCUACUCUUACGGCAGCCUCUAUAUUUAUCGAACCAUCAUCACAGCCACUAACAACAACGCCCUUCUGGUGUAUAACAAGGGCGCCACCGAUUCCACUGGCAAGCAGUACAACUCCACGGUCGUUUUCGAUACUUGCCAGGUGAUUCAAAAGCCGGGAAGCACCAACACGAACGUCUUCUUGGCCGCUGCCAAUGGCGCAGGCUCUGUGGUUGUGUAUCGUGACACCUCUCUUGCCAGCUUCGUUGCGAGGACUGGUGUGCAUGUCGACGCAACGACGCAGGACUCGGCCUUCCGCAACGCUUACAUCGAGUCUGGCACCACCGGCCCGGGGAGCUACUCGAACAACGCUGCUGCUCGCAGCCCCUACGUCUCACUGGUCACCGAUGUCACCGGCCUAGCUCCUUAUGGCAUCUCGGUAUUCUUUAGCAAAGUGUACCCUACUGUUAUGGUCUCUGAUGUUGUUGACUGGGUUGACGCAACCAUUCUGGCUUCGAUUUGGACGAGAAGCACGCCAGAGUCGGCAUCAUCAUCUACGACGAUCUCUCAGGAUUCUAGCACCUCGAGCAACAUCGCCACAACCGGCACGCCCAGCACCUCGGCCGUUAUUAGUACUUUCAGCGCAACCUCCUCCCCCACGACUGGUGUUUCCAACACCACAUCUUCCACUGCUGCUCAGAGCACAACUGCUGCGAGCUUUGGCACAAGCUACAAUGUCACCGCGACUUCCGAAGUCUCAUCAACUAGCGAGACGACGAUUUCCAGUUCGGCCGUGACAACUACGGGCGCCGCGUCCUGUUUUCCGUCGUCGGUGCCAUCGACAGCUCUGAUUGUCGGCCCAGCAGGCUCCUCAUGCGCCACUCACAAUAGCAUCGCGGCCGCGAUUGCUGCCCUGCCCGCCGAUACGACCACCCAGCACAUCUACAUCCUGGCCGGCACUUAUACCGAGAAGGUGUCUCUUGUGCGGACGGGCACCACCAUCAUCCGAGGAGAAACGGACAACGCGCUCUCCUCGUCGUCCAACAAGGUCACCAUCCAAAACGCAUCGGGCGUCCUCUCCAGCGCCGGUAACUCUGCUGGUACCGCCACAUUCUCCGCCAACAAGUACGAGGCCAAGCUUGUCUCGUUCUACAACAUCAACUUUGAGAACAACUACCCCGCUCAGACGAACUACAUUGCGCUGGCCGCCUAUUCCAAAGGUACCAAGGUGGCUUUCUACAGCUGCAACGUCAGGUCUUCUCAGGGCUCAAUUUAUCUCGACUACGGCAAUGUCUUUUUUAGCGGCGGCCGCAUUGAGGGUACAACCGAGUUUGUCUGGGGCAUCGGCGUAGGAUAUUUCUACAACUCGGUCAUCGUGUCCACGGACACCGCUUUCGGCCAGAGCAUCGCUGCCCACAGAUAUCAGAAUGCCUAUGGAGGUUCCCAGCUGGUCUUUGACGGGUGCGCCGUAGUGCCUUCCGGCAAGACCAUUGCCCAGCAGUCAGUUUACCUGGGCAGAGACUACAGCGCGAAUGCCCAGGUUGCUUACAUCAACUCCUACCUCGAUGCGCAUAUCUACGCAGCCGGUUGGAAGAUCAACAACGCAGCCGCCUUCACUGGCACUUUCGCCGAGGCGAACAACACAGGCCCAGGAGCCAGUGCUCUGGGGCGCGCGUCGGCUGUCCGGAUUCUGUCAGACACCUCCGCAUACAGUAUGAAGAAGAUCCUCGGGGAUGACAGCUGGUUGGACUCUGCUGCCAUUGCUCCCCAGCAAGCCUGGCCUGGCUCGGUUUAUGCGGCAGCGACGACGACUACCUCGAAUGCUACGACCACGACUGCGGCCAACUCGACAGUCAUUACAACUACCACCUCUUCCGCGUCCAACACCUUGACUGUCGCCCCCUCCCCAGCCAGCGGCGAAUACGGGACGGUGUCUUCCGCUGUUGCGGCUCUGCCUGCCGAUGGCAAGGAAUACACCAUCUUCAUCAAGGCCGGGACGUACGUGGAGCAGGCUAGCAUCACUCGUCGGGGCAAGGUUACGCUCCGUGGUGAGACGCCGUUCGAAAACGACUUCACUCAAAACACUGUUCUCAUCAGCUUCAGUCGCGGCGUGUCAACCUCUCUAGGCCAGAAUCAGGACACCCCCGUGGUGAACUGGAAGAACACAUACGGCGAUGGCCUCGCGCUGUACAACAUCAACUUCACCAACACAUACCCACAGCAACCGAGCACCGCUGCCCUCGCCGGCAACUUCUUCGGCACCAACAUGGCGGCCUAUGGCUGCGCCUUCAACGGGUUUCAGGACACCCUUCUUGUGAACCAGGGCGUGCAGGUUUUCAGUAACUCGUAUAUUGAGGGCAGUGUCGACUUUAUCUGGGGCUAUAGCAAGGCCUACUUCCGGCAGUGCUAUGUGGCUUCCAAUACGCCCAACACUUACAUCGCCGCCCAGAACCGGCCCAACGCGGAUUGGGCGGGCGGUUUCGUCUUCGACAAGUCCGUCAUCACGUACACGUCCAGCUAUGGAUCAAACUUUGGCACCACGUUCUUGGGUCGUCCUUGGUCCCAAUAUGCCAUCACCGUGUACAUGAACUCGUUCUUGGACAAGCACAUUGCCCCUGCUGGCUGGAGUGUUUGGCAGCAGAGCAACCCCCAGACCUCGAAUGUCCUGUUCGGCGAGUACAACAACAUUGGCGACGGCAACUGGACGGACGGCCGUGCCGCUUUCGCAACCAAACUCACCGACGCCCAGGCCGCGCAGUACUCUCUGGAGAACUUCAUUGGCAACACUGGCUGGAUCGAUGCGAAGGCUUAUGCUUACACGCCCAGCUACAACCUCACUGGACCGGCCCGUGGCCCUGACACUACCACUCCCACUUCCCCGGCCCUGACACACCCCGCGAGCGGAACUGAGCCUCCGGUAGGAGCGGUACUAGUGGCGGCUGAUGGAAGCGUCUCAGGGGCUUUCACCAGUUUGACCGCAGCUCUCGCAAGCCUGCCAUCCGACGCGAGCAGUCAAAUUAUCUUCAUGUACCCUGGAACGUAUAACGAACAGGUCCCUUCCAUCAACCGGCCCGGCCCCAUCAUGAUCAUCGGUUACACUAGCGACGCCCCUGGCAAGAGUUACAAGAACAACCAGGUCACAAUCACCCAAGCUCGCGGUCUUUCUGUCAGUCCCGCCCCGGUUGGACAUAGCGAUGCAGAGACGGCUACGAUUGCCACGGCCAGUUCAAAGAUCUCUUGGUACAACAUCAACCUCGUCAACCGGGACAACCUGGAUGGUGCCAUUGCCAGCUACGUGACUCUCGCCGCCAGCAUCUACGGCGACAAGAUUGGCUUCUACGGUUGCUCCUUUGUGGGAUGGCAGGACACGCUGCUCACUGGCGCCACGGCGGGCACCCAGUACUAUGAGAGCUGCUACAUUGACGGCGCCAUUGACUUCAUCUGGGGCUACUCCAAGGCGUACUUCAAGGGCUGCACCAUCGCUGCCAAGCGAGCCAAAUCCGCAAUCACCGCUCAUAGCCGUUCCAGCCUGUCAACCAUCGGCGGCUACAUCUUCGACCAGUGUCUCUUCACCGAGGCCGCCACUGCCACCGUUGACCUCAAGGGGCUGGUUUACCUGGGCCGCCCGUACUCUCAGUAUGCUCUCGUCGUCGUCAAGAACAGUUAUCUCGACGAUGUCGUCCAUCCGGCCGGCUGGAAGAUCUGGUCAACCUCGGACCCUCGCACCGAUCACAUCACCUUCGCCGAGUACAACAACACCGGCCCGGGUAGCUGGGAGAACAACGUUGCCGCGCGUCAAGCUUUCCAGAACUGCACCCUGCUCGCGAGCGACGAAUAUUCUCUGAGCAAGGUCAUGCCAAGCACGGACUGGAUUGAUAUGACCUACUGGGACCAGAUCCAGACCCCUGAGCCCGAGGUCGUGCCCGUCACCCCAACCACUCCCACAAUCUACGACGGUACCAAGCCUCCUGCCGGUGCUUUCAUCGUGUCCAAGACUCCAGUUGAGGGCCAGAUUACAUAUGACACCAUUCAAGCCGCACUGAACGCCCUUCCCGCUUCGAGCAAGAUCACUUCUACAGUGUUCAUCUACCCUGGCACAUACAACGAGCAGCUAAUCCUGAGCAAGCCGGGAACGACCAUUCUGCUCGGCUACAGCUCUGCGUCUGGAGACUACUCUCAGAACCAGGUUACCAUCAGCUUCAACAAGGGCAUCGACACACAAGCUGAUGCUUCCAACUCCGACUCGGCCACUGUUUACGCGACAGGCAACUAUCUGCAAGCGGUGAACAUCAACUUUGCCAACACUUUUGGCACUGCUUCCAACUACGCUUCCCUUGGUUUUGGUGUCAAGAGCAGUAAGUACGCCUCGCUGUACGGUUGCCAAGUCUACGGAAACCAGGAUAGCUUGCUCAUCAACGGCUUCUUCUUCGCAUCGAACUCGUACAUCGAGGGCAACAUCGACAUGAUAUGGGGUGCUGGCGCUGGCUACUUCCUCAACAGCACCAUCGCCCCGAACCGCGACGGCAUUGCCCUCACUGCCAGCAAGCGUGCGACGAACACCACCGCCGCCGGCUUCGUGUUCGACCAGUGCACCAUCACGCCCGCCAGAGGAGCCCGGUACACGUCAGUGUCUCUCGGUAGGCCGUGGAACGCGUACGCUCGCGUCGCUUAUGUGGACAGCUAUCUUGAUUCGUGUGUCAAGACGGCGGGCUGGGACCAAUGGACCAAGACCGACCCUCGCACGGAUGGCGCUGUCUUUGGCGAGUUUGCCAACGGCGGACCUGGUUCUGGCUUAUCGUUGCGAGCUCCCUUCGCCACCAACCUCACUGCUGAGACCGCUGCCCAGUUUGAGCUUGCAAACUUCUUCGGCGUGACAUCGUGGAUCAACAUGACACUGGUACCCGUCACGCCGUUCAAGGCUGGUGCUGUCGUUCUGCCGACAACUACUAUAGUAGCCAGCACUUCCACUACUUCAAUCACGUCGACUGAGUCUAGCAGCAUCCCGAUCACGACCACGACCGUCUUCACCACCAAGGUUUCUACACUGAAGGGGACCUUGCUCACUUGCAUCCAAGGGCCUGAUGCCGUUGUAACGCUCAAGAGUACCCUGACAAUCAACGCGGCGACUACCAUCACCCCUCCUCCCGCCACCAAGACCUCUGUCGUCAAGUCCACAACUGUGGAAUUUGUCACGAUUCAAGAGCCUGACACCACUGUCACCCAGAAACGGACUACGACUACCAACGUUGGCACUACGAUUACUCCCGAGCCUGUCGUGACCACCUCCACCUUGGUCGCUACCUCCACCCGCACCGAGAUUGUAACCCAGCAGGCCAAGCCUCGCACUAUUACAUCCACGAUUACCACCACUCGCUGGACCACUAGCACCCCCAAGGUCGCAACUACCACUCAGGUUAUUCGCACCACACAGCUCUUCACCAAGACCACAACCCCCAAGCCGGUUACCAUCAAGAAGACUGAGACGCAGACUAUUGGCGACGGUGGCGCAACGACUGUCACGGCCAAGGCUCUUGUCACUACUGUCACAGUUUUCACGACCACUACCAGUGUUGCCAAGAAGACAACUACGAUCAAGUGUAUCCCUACUAAUGGUCUGAAUGAGAGAUCGUUUGAAGAGUUCGAGGUCAGCGCCGUGGACACCGCGGCCGAAUACAUCGAGGCUCGAGCCAUCGGCGACAAGACAGUGACUGUCACCAUCCUUUCCACGUUCAGCACCGACAUAAAGACCUCGACAGUUACCUUGCCUGGAAGCACCGCUACGACUGAGCUCAUCACGACUAAGACAGAAGGAAAGCCUAUCACGCUGAAGCCUGCGACUAUCUUGGAGACCAGCGUGACCGUGCGAACCCUCGCCUCGACGACCACCCUGGCCGGAAACCCUUCCACGACAACCAUCAUGACAGUGGUCUCCGCCGGCAAGACCACCACGCUUAAGCCAACCACCAUCACCGUCGUCGUUGGAGCCACGACAACGGCGGUCGUCAGGUCUACCACGAAGCUGGAGACCAUCACCCAGACCGUGGUCGAGACGCAGACCCACGUUGCCACCAGCGUGCUCCCCCAGCAGACCGAGACCGUGACCCGUCGGGAGGACUCGUCGAAGACGCAGACCGUGGUUCUCCCCGUCUCCACGGCGACGAUCUGGACGACGGUGCGCUCUACAGUCCGCCCCUCUGCCACCGUCACGGACCGCUCGACGGUCACCAAGACGAAGACCUCGAAAGUUGGCGUUACGGUGACCAGCUGGGCGACCCGGACAAGCAAGGAUGCCAAGGCGUGCACAGCAGCCUAGAAGGGUUAUGACGAGGAGGAAGGGGACGUGUAAAGGAUUUCUUAUGUUACAUCCAAGGCUAAU